AUGCCUAAAAGAAAUUAUAAAAAGGGUGCCAAAGGUAAAGGCUUCGACAAGAGAAACAACAACAGUAACAGUAACAACAACAACAACACUACCACCGACGACAAUGGGAACUGGACUGAGGCUCCAAGGUAUAGUGAAGUAUGGGAGAAGUAUUACAAGACUUUGAAUCUUAUUCCCGAGGAAGAAUGGGAAGCUUUUAAAACAGCUUGCCAGACAAACUUGCCAAUGACUUUUAGAAUCACGGGAAGCAGAAGACAUGCUGAGGAGAUACGUAACAUUUUUCUUGAAAGACACGUGAAAAAUUUGCAAGGACAAACUUUUGAAGGCAUUGAUAUCACUCCUAAAAAUAUUGCAUUUUACCCUGACAAUUUGGGUUGGCAAAUCGAUGUGGGUAAGCUGGUUAUCAAAAAACAAAAAGAUUUUGCAAAGACACAGAGAUUUUUGGUAUUGGAAACCGAGGUUGGUAAUAUUAGUCGACAAGAAGCAGUGUCUAUGAUUCCCCCAUUGCUCUUGGAUGUCAAGCCACAUCAUUACGUGUUGGACAUGUGUGCUGCACCUGGUUCCAAGACCGCGCAAUUGGUUGAGGCCUUGCAUGCUGAAGACGAGAAAAAGUUACCAACAGGUUUUGUUUUGGCAAAUGACUCUGAUUAUAAACGUAGUCACAUGUUGGUACAUCAAGUUAAAAGAUUGAAUUCGCCAAACUUUUUAGUUGUUAACCACGAUGCACAAUUGUUUCCUCGUGUCAAGUUGAAUGGCGAGGCAGAGUACUUAAAGUAUGACAGAAUUCUUUGUGACGUUCCUUGUUCAGGUGAUGCAACAAUGAGGAAGAACAUCAAUGUGUGGAAAGAUUUCAGGGUUGGAAAUGCACUUGGUUUGCACCCAUUGCAAUUCAACAUCUUGAACCGUGGAUUGCAACUUUUGAAAAGGGGUGGAAGAUUGGUUUACUCAACAUGUUCGUUAUCUCCUAUUGAAAAUGAAGCGGUGGUUGCAGAAGCAUUGAGAAGAUGGGGCAAGAAAAUUAAGCUUGUGAAUGUCGAUAAUGAGUCGCCCGGGUUAAAGAGAAGACAAGGAAUAUCGGACUGGAAGGUGUUUGGCAAAGAUAUGGAGAUCAAAAACAAAGGAGAAGAUGGUUUGCCCGAUACUUUGUUUCCGCCAACUGAGGAAGAGGCCAAGGAUUUCAACUUGCAAAAUUGUGUAAGAGUGUAUCCACAUUUGCAAAAUACUGGUGGCUUCUUUAUCACCGUUUUUGAAAAAUUGGAUGAUGAGCCGGUAAAGAGAAAAGCAGUCGAUGCUGGUUCCGAAUCUUUGGAGGCAAAAAAGCCAAAACUUGCUGAUGCAUCAGAGUCCAAUGAAACAUCUACGCCUCAACCAGUUGUGGUUCCAAAUGAUACCGUUGUUGCUGACAAACCAGUUGAGAUGAAGAAAACAAAGCUUCCCAGAGAUGCAAACGAAGAGCCAUUUAUCUUUUUGGACCCUGAGAACCCCAAAAUUGCUGAGUGUUAUGGCUUUUAUGGAUUCUCUGAUUCUUUCCGCAAGGAUUGUACUUUGGUGAGAAACCUGACGGGUGAGCCAGUGAGGACUGUUUACUAUGCUUCUCCUCCAAUUAAAGAGCUUCUCACUAUUAAGGAGCAAAAGCUCAAAUUGGUACAUGGAGGUAUCAAAUUAUUUGUUGCUCAAAGAAGUGAAUCCACAUCGUGUCCAUGGAGAAUACAAACCGAGGCUCUACAUACCAUUGAGCAUUUUGUUGGUAAAGAAAGAAGACUCAAGUGUAACCUUGAGUUGCUCAGGUAUCUUUUCACGAAUGGGUUCCCAAAAAUUGACGAAAUUAGAGAACAGAACAUUGAUGCAGAGUUUUUGGAAGGUUUGGAAUCGAAAGAAGAAGGUUGUUUGUUUUUAGAAGUUGAGCGUGGUAACAACUUGGAGGCAUUGUUUUUACCUAUCUGGAAGGGCAGAAGCAACGUUAAUUUAAUGGUUAGUAAGAAGGACACGCAUGAACUCCUUUCUCGAGUGUUUGACAUUGAUACUUCUGCCAAGGACGAAGUUAAAGAAGUAAUCCACUUGAAGAAAAUUACCGAAGAAAGACAAGAAAAGAAAGAUGAGGAAGCUGAAGAUACUUCAAAAGACUAG